GGGCUACAAUCAUAUCCCUCCUCUUUCUAGAAUUCAAUCACACAAACUUCGAUCAGUUCAUAAAUUUUACUCAAUUACUACUACUAUUAGAUUUUACUGUGAGCUUCGUCAUUCAAUUUUCUACAUUUCUGAUUCCGUUAAGAGCUUCUGUUUCCGGAUAGCUCAGCUGCAAUGCCGUAUAUUCACCGAUUCAAAAAUAAAAAAGUUUCUCAAUUGUGACCUAGGUAUACUGCUGGAUCGUUGCAGCAAUAGAAAUCAAGCAGUAUUUGUUUUCCGAGUUUGAAGACGAAAUUGUUUACGCAACACUAGUAAGAUGCUGCAGAUUCGGCUUAGCAAGCCAGCUAGUGAAGCUGGUGCAGCUGCAAAUCCUGCGCCUGUGGACACUGUCACAGUGGCUUGCCCCGAUCAUCUUGUGUUAGCUGAUCUUACUGUGGCCAAGGGUAUGGGCGCAGCAUCUGCAACUGCGGUUAUCAAGUCUGUUGGACGCCGCUCCCGUCGCCAGCUCGGUGAGCGUGUCCAUUUCUGCGUUCGAUGCGACUUUCCCGUGGCUAUUUAUGGGCGUCUGAGCCCAUGUGAGCAUGCCUUCUGUUUGGACUGUUCCAGGAGUCAUUCUCUUUGUUAUCUUUGUGAUGAACGCAUUCAGAAGAUUCAGACAAUUAAAAUGAUGGAAGGAAUCUUCAUAUGUGCAGCCCCUCAUUGUCUGAAGUCCUUCUUAAAGAAGAGUGACUUUGAGUUGCAUAUAAAUGAGGCCCAUUCUGAUCUUAUUCACCCCAAUAAGGAAAAAGAAGGGAAUGAAUCGGAAGCAAUGAGUGCUAGGAAACCUUCAGCCUCCGAUUCCUCAGUUCAGGCACCCCCAAGGCCAGUGUUUUCUCCCCAUUCAAGUUCUCAACUUCAUGACAGUGAAGACAAAGCCCAGCUGCCUCAAUCCAGGGAACAACCACCUGCGAGACCUGCUGUACAGCAAAGACCGGCGCCACCUUUUCCAAGACAAACUCCCGAUCAUCCAUCAGAGCACCCUGAUAGAGGUACUUCCCAGAACCACUUUCCUCAGCAUACUUUUGAAGCUCAUGUGCAGGGUAGUGGCCGGCAAGAUUCAGUUAACCCGAAUUCAGGUCCAACUCCACCUCAAUACGAUUAUCCUCCUUAUGCAGCUGAUGGAACACAACAGUACUUUGGCGCACCAUAUGGAAUGCCAAGACCAGGUUCUACACCAGAAGGUGGACCAGGACAGGGCACGUUGCUAGGUUUCCCACCUGGUCCUGCCGGACCCAUGAAUUUUCCUCAAAAUUAUCCACAGUGGAAUGCAGUGCCCGGGUCUGUGCCUCUGGAACCUCCUAUGGUAUCUCACAGGUCUACGGAUGGCUUUAUGAAUGUCAACUCUCAAGGAAGAGGAUUCUUUCAGAAUGCUGGGAAUAACAGUAUGGAGCAACAGAGGCAGGGUGGGAACUUUGUGGACCCAAGGAACGGUAAAGGAAUAUUGGCGCCCCAACCACCCCAUCUUCCUCCACCACCUUCGGUGCCUCAUCCCCACCUGCAAUGGGGCAGAUCGCACUCUGGUGACGGGAAUCAUGACGGGCGUCCAGGCUUCAGCUGGCCAACUGAGAGGCGAGAUAGCUUCGGAAGUGGGGACUAGGCUUGAUAUUUGCUGAUAUAUCUUCAUAUUGGGUAUAGAACUCAAGCUUUUUCCCAUUUAGUUCAGUGAGUCAAUAUGUGAACAUUUUGUAUAUUUUUGAAUUUGGGACAUCGUUUGAGGGUAUAUCAUAUUGCAGUAAGAAAUCAA